UACUCGCCCUUAACCAACAUGGCGUUUCGGAAACGGCGGGCAGGCGACGUCAUGGCAGCCACCAAAAACAUGUCGGACGCAGAGCUCCGGGAAGAGUUACAGGAACUAGGUGUUUCUCCGGGACCUAUCACUGACAGUACCCGAGGGGUGUACCAAAAAAAGCUGCAAAAGUUAAAAGUAGAUGCAGCGAAAGGCAAGAGACAGGAGAGCGGGAGGGCGAGGAGAAGCGAGGGGAGCACGAGCACUAGGACUAGGCGCAGCGAACCCUUAGAAGACAAUGAAGGGGAUUGGGAGGACGAAGAGGACCGGGCCCCUGUGCUGGCGAGGAAGAGCUUUGGAGGGAGGUCGGGAAGAGCAGAGGAUAGGUUUUACUCUUCCAAUAAAAGUGUCCCUGCUCACGUGGAAGACGCGGGACUAUGGAGGAGUGACAGGUCCUCACUGUCAGGGGGGCCUUUAGCUAGUAGCACUGCUGACUAUGGUGACUACACGGGAUAUGAACAUAGAUCUUCUCUGGGAGGGGACAGGCUUCCAAGAACCAAUUUUGAUUAUAGUGGCAGCUUGGAACAGAAGAGCAGGUCCUCCCUGGGAGGGGACAGAUCUACAAGGAUCACACCUGAUUAUGGUGGCUACCUGGGGCAGGAGGUCAGGUCUUCCCUGGGAGCGGACAGAUCUGCAAGGAUCACACCUGAUUAUGGUGGCUACCUGGGGCAGGAGGUCAGGUCCUCCCUGGGAGGUGAAAGAUUCACAAGCAACACCUCUGAUUAUAGUGGUUACUUAGGGCAAGAGGUCAGAUCCUCCUUAGGAGGUAGUGACAGAUUUCCAAAAACCACCUCUAAUUAUGGUUCCAUGGAACGUGAGGUCAUCUCACCCAUGGGAGUUGAUAGAUUUUCAACAACCACUAAUAGAUAUGGUUCCUUAGAACAGGAAGCCGGGUACUCUCUAGGAGGUGAGAGAUUUAAAAGAUCCACUCCUGAUUAUGGGGGCUACCUGGGACAGGAGGUAAGAUUUAGAUCACCAGGUGAAAGGUCAGGCUUGCCUAUUAGUAGGGAUGAGGGUAGACCUUGGCCCAGAUACAAUGAAGGGGCUACAAAGGGCCAGCUUUCCUAUAAGGACUAUCCAAAUCUUAGUCAAGGAAAAUCUGCUCAAAGUAAACCGAAUUGGAGUCGAACUCUAGAGUAUUAUUUAUCAAAACUGGUGCGGGCACUGUCGGUGGGCCUGGUAAUUGUCUUCUUUGGUAUUCUCAUUAUGAAGAGUGGAAUACUUUACAGUACACAACAGGAUGACAUCGAACUCAUUCCUCCUGACUGUGAAGGCAAAGCCGAUAAGUAUUGCCAAACCAUGCAGAAGCAGAUCAUUCUUGAGAUCCUUUCAGAGCUGUAUAAUUUUCUGUCAUUAGAGGCUGGUAGCUUUGAGUGUGGAAAUCCUUCCGAUCUGAAAAGCAAGUGUAUACCAGUUAGAAGAGCAAAGGAACAUGUAAUGAAUGUUUUUGACCAUGCACCAGAGAAAUUUGAUUCUGCUCUAGAUUGGCUGCUGAGCAGGGAUGAGCAUUUAGGCAUUUGGGCAAAAGAUGAAGACGGUGAGAUUGUCGCCACAGGCUCCCUCGUCUCCUGUGUUGAGUCUUCACGCCCCUAUUAUGGAAUCACUUGCCGACUGAUAAAUGCGCUUUACACGGCUAUUUCUAACCUUUUCCUGGCCCUUUUUGUUGUCUUUGUUCUCUGGUUAUUUUUGAUCUACUUGCGCUAUCACUGGAGAAAGGUAGAAGAGGAGCAAAAACAGAUGUUUGCUAUGGUCGAGAAAAUCAUUGAUGUUGUCAAACAUCACUACAAAGACUAUCAGCAUGGAAUCGAACGCAUCCCGUUCAUUGGUAUCUUACAUGUCAGAGAUACACUUAUAAUGCCUCAGGACAGGAAACGUUUAAAAAGUGUCUGGGAUCGGGCUGUGCAAUUUAUUGAAGACAAUGAAUCUCGACUUCGUACAGAAUCCCAACGGGUGGCUGGAGCAGAUUUGCUUGUGUGGCGCUGGACCCAAACACGACAUGACAUUUCCAGUGAAAGAUUUUCACCCACUUUGUUGUCUACAUUGGGCAGAUAGAUGCUAGUUUGAGACCUGAAAAGUAAUGUUCAGCAAUUGUAAGCAAGUUUUUCUGUUAUGGCACACUAGUUGGCUUUUGGGAUUUAUGCAUCCUUGCACUGAAGAAGGGUUUUUGGUAAUGUCAGACAUCUUUUCCACCUUUUUUAACUUGACUUUUUUUUUAUAUAUAUACAUGGCAAUACAUAAAAAUACCUGUGGUGCAGAAUGACUCGCGCUUUGCUUUCUGUUAUUGGGAGCGUUGUACUUUUUUAUGUUUCCUUUUGUACAUUGUAUUUAAAUGUUUUCAUGUAUAACAUUUGUAAUAAUCUGCAGUUGCUUACAUCUGUUUGUGGAUGCCCGACAAGCAGUUCUUUGCCCCAUAGGUCUAUUGAACCUAGCAUUACACUAUCCAAAUUUCUUGGUAACCUAAAAGGUGAUGAACUCAAUGAAAGCUUAUUAUCCCUAACACUUUUGCAAGGCUCUGUGCUAUUCUUUGACUGUAAUUGCUUCAUGAGUAGGAAGAGGGUUGGGGGGAGUGAAGGGGUGGUGCAUGAGAUGUUGUAAUUUGUUCUUGCAGGGGCUCAUGGGAGAUCUAGACACUUGCUGUCUCCUCGCUUGGCUGCUCUCGUUCUGGACAGCAGUUAUUCCUGCACAGCAGAGAUGUUGUUUAUAAGCUGCAGCAGAGAGGCAUAAAAUUCAAUUAUUACAGAAUAACACAAUACCUUCACUGGAUUUAACCAGUGACUUGCCACCGUUCUGUGAUGAAAAUCAGUUUCUUUGACACCAGCCACUAUGUAGAACAAAGAGCUGUUUUGUAUAUGUUAGUCAUUGCUGUAUUUUAUUGUGCUGAAUAAAUGUAUCAUUCUGAGUGCCAGUCUGAAGCACCUGUAUGU